CCGCCGUGCCACCCCAUGCCGGCGGCACAGCAGCGUGCCGCAGCGGCAGUGACGCAGCUGUGCCACCCCGCUAUUGCCACCGCCGUGUCGCCGCGGUGUCACCCCCGCACGGUCCCCGCUGGCCCCGCCCCCGGCCCCGCCCCGCGCCCGUCCCGGCUCCCGUCCGGCCGCGGCCAUGGCGGAGCCCGGCGGGGGUCGCCCCGUCACCGUCAGCGAUGUGCAGCAGCUGGUGCGGCGCAAGGACGAGAUCGAGGCGCAGAUCAAGGCGUGCUACGAGCUGCUGGAGGGGCAAAAAGGCGUCGGGAUGCACGAGCCGCUGGUAGACGCCGAGGGUUUCCCCCGCUCGGACAUCGACCUGUACCAAGUUUGCAGAACGACCACAAGGCCCUGAUGAAGCAGGUGGAGGAAGCUCUGCACAAGCUGCACGCCCGGGAGAAGGAGAAACACGCCAAGGAUGAGGCAGAGGCCUUGGCCGAGGCCAUGAGCCAGAGCCAGAGCCUGCCCCAGGCCUUUGCCAAAGUGAACACCGUGACCCCGGGCUCUCCGGCCAGUGUCUCGGGACUUCAAGUUGAUGAUGAGAUUGUGGAGUUUGGAUCUGUCAAUGCAAACAACUUCCAGAACCUGCAGAACAUUGCCACGGUGGUGCAGCACAGCGAGGGGAGACCCCUGAGCGUGACUGUGAUCCGUGGUGGCAGAAGGGUGCAUGUGGGGCUGACUCCAAAGCGCUGGGCAGGGAAGGGCCUCCUGGGCUGCAAUAUCAUUCCUUUACAAAGAUGACCAUGGCUGGGAGAACAAUAAAGCUGAAGCUUGUGCCUGUU